UGAACGCGGCUAAGAAGCUGGUGCCCGGAGUGUGUGUGUGAGGGAGUGAGUGGGAUCCCCCCGGUCUGUGAGUGUCCGGCGGAGCCGCGGGUUCGCCUCCUCCGUGCGGACGCGCUCGUGCACUGCCCGGAUUAAACUUGAGCUGAAAUUAAAACACAAAGGAAGGAAAGCGGCGAGAGAUAGAGGACAAGAAGGUGGAAGACGGGACGCGGACACUGAGAGAGUAAGGAUCGGGAGGAAUAAAGAUAAAAGGUGGAGUGUGGGAAAGCGUAAACUCCAGCCAUUGAGAUCUUCCCCCUCCUCCCCUGCAGCCCGGAGAGGAGGGAAGGGGGGAGAGGGAGAUAAGUGUCCCUAUCCUGGGAUCUGCUCAUCACACAAUAGGAGCCCCGGAUCCGGCACCCUGAAGGGGAAUAAAGAUCCUCCCAGACACUACAUGGUCCAGAAGAAUUAAGAAAACAUGGAAUGACAUGAGAGAUUAGCUAAGGAUUAACAGCUCUGAGAACAAACACCUCAGAGAGGUGAAGCACAAUCUGACACUCGUGGCUCCAAAAGAGCUGUGUGCAGAAAACAAAAUGGCGGAUCCUGGUAUGAUGAGUUUAUUUGGAGAAGAUGGGAAUAUUUUUAGUGAGGGUUUAGAAGGUCUUGGCGAAUGUGGUUACCCUGAAAAUUCAGUGAAUUCACUGGCACAACAAAUGCCAAUUGAUCAGGGAUUUGGUUCUUUGCAGUCCCCGCUCCACCAUAACACAAGCAAUCAGAAUCAAACAAAGCUCACCCACUUUGAUCACUAUAACCAAUAUGAGCCACAAAAAAUGCACAUGAUGGAACAGCCUAAUAGAUUGAUGACCAACACUCCUGGAAACGGUAUUGCCUCUCCACAUUCUCAGUAUCACAACACGCCUGUUCCUCAGGUCCCCCAUGCUGGAGGCCAAAUGGGGGUCUACCCUGGCAUGCAAAAUGACAGACAUGGGUCACAGUUUGUGGAUGGUGGCUCAAUGUGGGCGCCCAGGGCUGUACAAGUGCCAGAUCAGAUAAGACCAACUUACCAGCAGCAACAGCAGCAGCAGUCGCAGCAGCCACCAACCCCUUCUGGACCUCAAGGUCCCCCUCACCCUCAGCACGUUCAACAGAUGGGAAAUUACAUGGUUCGGGGAGAUUUUUCAAUGCAACAGCAUGGCCCACUACAGUCUCAAAGGAUAAAUCAAUUUUCACAAGGACAAGAGGGUAUAAAUCAGGGAAAUAUGUUCCUUGGUGGUGCCGGACCUGGUCACAUGCCUCAUGUUCCCCAGCAAAAUCCAAACAUGGGUCCUUCAUUGCGUCAUGCAGUUCAGCAGUUUCAUCACCACCCUCCAAACACUCACCAUGGAGAAUCUGUUGCUCACAGUCCUCGAUUUUCUCCCAAUCCUACUCAGCAGGGUGCAGUUAGGCCACAGUCCCUUAAUUUUAAUUCUCGAAACCAGACUGUACCUUCACCUACGCUAAACAACUCAGGGCAGUAUUCCCGGUAUCCUUAUAGUAACCUUAAUCAGGGAAUGGUUAAUAAUACAGGAAUGAAUCAGAAUUUAGGCCUUACAAACAACACUCCAAUGACCCCUUCUGUACCUAGAUACCCAAAUGCUGUGGGGUUUCCAUCAAAUAGUAGUCAAGGACUGAUGCACCAGCAGCAACCCAUACAUGCUAGUGGCUCACUUAACCAAAUGAACCCACAAACUAUGCAUACUUCACAGCCUCAGGGAACCUAUGCCUCUCCACCUCCCAUGUCACCAUUAAAAGCAAUGAGUAAUCCAGCAGGUACCCCUCCACCACAGGUCCGGCCUGGCAGUGCUGGAAUUCCUAUGGAUGUUGGAAGUUACCCAAACAUGCCCCAUCCUUCGCCUCACCAGCCCCCCAGUGGCAUGGUUAUGGGACAAAGGAAUAUGGGUCCCAGAAACCUGCCACAGAACCAGACCUUCAUGGGUAUAUCUUCAACACCAAGAGAAAUGGGUGGGCACAUGAGACCAAAUGGCUGUCCUGGAGUUAGCCAUGCAGAUCCCCAGGCAAUGCAAGAUCGGUUGAUGUCUGGCCAGCAACAUCCCGGCCAUCCAUCUUUUCAGCAGCAAAUUGCAAACUGUCAGCCUCAUCCAUCUAUGCACCAUCAGACUUCACCACCCUCCCAUUCUCGUCAUCAGCCAUGGACGCAACUUCACCAGUCCCCCCAAAACACCCCACAGAAAGUGCCUGUCCAUCAGCAUUCCCCAUCAGAACCCUUCCUUGAUAACUCUGUGCCGGAUAUGACUCGGCUUAGUGGACCCAAUGCUCCGUUAAUGAAUACAGAAGACUUCCUGCCAUCCAUGCAGUCACAGCCUCCACAAAAGAAAAGGAAGAAAAAAAACAACCACAUAGCAGAAGACAAAGCCAGUAAAUGUUUUGACCAGGAUGGUAUGCCUAUCGAGAAUGCAGAGUUCUUAACAGACGGUGCACCAGAAGGGAAGAAGAAGAAAAAGCCGAAAGUUAAAAAAGAGCCUAAAGAGCCUAAAGAACCCAAGGAGCCAAAAGCACCUAAAGCAAAAAAAGAACCCAAGGAACCUAAGGAACCCAAGCCUCCAAAACAGCCUAAAACGCCCAAAGAGCCGAAAGAGAAAAAAGUGAAAACUACUACACCAAAAUCUAAGGCCAGCAAGAAGGCGAGCAAUAAGUCUGAUGCUGACGGUUCCGCUCAAAAGAAAAAAGUUCCCAAGGUGAAACCAGAAGGUGUUGAGGCUACGGACUUGGAUAAAACUCCUCUCCCAUCUCCACCUCCAGAAGAAGAGGAUGACUCUGGAAUACAGAAGAGACGCUCCAGCAGGCAAGUUAAAAGGAAACGCUAUACGGAGGAUCUGGAAUUUAAAAUAUCAGAUGAAGAACAUGAUGAUGCAGAUGCUACUGGAAGGGAUUCUCCUUCAAACACAUCUGAGCAGCAGGAGGCACUUGAUGCUGAAGGACCUGUUGUUGAGAAAAUCAUGAGCUGCCGAUUCACAAAGAAACCGCGGCUCUGUCAACCCCCCAUCUGUGAGAGUAUAGCAGUGACGUUGACUCCUGGUGCUCCUGAGGACCAGCCGGAAGAUGAUGGCGGCGCCUGCAAGGGACAAGUUCAGGUGGAGUCCGGUGAAGAAGUUGAAGUUGAAGAAUUUUAUGUGAAAUAUAAGAACUUCUCAUACUUGCAUUGUCAGUGGGCUACCUUAGAGGAAUUGGAGAAAGAUAAAAGGAUUCACCAAAAGAUAAAAAGGUUUCGGGCCAAGCAAGGACAAAACAAGUUCCUUUCGGAGAUUGAAGAUGAUCUCUUUAAUCCUGACUAUGUGGAAGUCGAUCGGCUACUGGAUGUCUCUGUCAGUGUGGAUGAAAAAGGAGAGCCGGUGAGUCAUUACUUGGUGAAGUGGUGCUCUCUACCAUAUGAAGACAGCACUUGGGAGCUUAAACAAGACUUGGAUCCAGCAAAGAUUGAAGAAUUUGAGAAACUCCAGAGCAGGGAGCCAAAAACAGAGCGCGUGGAGCGACCUCCCGCUGAUGAGUGGAAGAAAUCGGAGACUUCCAGGGAGUAUAAAAACAAUAACAGUCUCAGGGAAUACCAGUUGGAAGGAGUGAAUUGGCUGCUAUUCAACUGGUACAACGCGCGAAAUUGCAUUCUAGCAGAUGAAAUGGGUUUGGGGAAGACCAUCCAAUCCAUCACUUUUCUGUAUGAAAUCUUCCUAAAGGGCAUACAUGGCCCCUUUUUGGUUAUUGCCCCACUUUCAACUAUUCCAAACUGGGAGAGGGAGUUCCGCACUUGGACAGAGUUGAAUGUCGUCGUUUAUCAUGGAAGCCAAGCAAGUAGGAAAAUGAUACAACUUUACGAAAUGUACUUCAAAGAUCCACAGGGCCGAGCAAUAAAAGGUGCCUACAGGUUCCAUGCAAUUAUUACAACCUUUGAAAUGAUUCUGACGGAUUGCCCUGAGCUCAGGAACAUUCACUGGCGAUGCGUGAUUAUUGAUGAGGCUCAUCGACUGAAGAAUAGGAACUGCAAGCUUUUGGAAGGACUAAAGAUGAUGGAUUUGGAACACAAAGUGCUGCUAACGGGUACCCCUUUGCAAAACACUGUAGAGGAGCUUUUCAGCCUGCUGAAUUUCCUGGAGCCAGAUCGUUUCCCUUCAGAAAGCAAUUUCAUGCUAGAAUUUGGGGAUCUGAAAACUGAAGAACAGGUACAAAAACUGCAGGGCAUUCUUAAACCCAUGAUGCUAAGGCGUCUGAAAGAAGAUGUGGAGAAGAACCUUGCUCCAAAAGAAGAAACCAUUAUUGAAGUAGAGCUGACAAAUAUUCAGAAGAAAUACUACAGAGCCAUCCUUGAGAAAAACUUUACUUUUCUUUCCAAGGGUGGCGGAGGUGGGCAUGCAAAUGUCCCUAACCUACUUAACACUAUGAUGGAACUCCGGAAAUGCUGCAAUCAUCCUUAUCUUAUUAAUGGUGCUGAAGAGAAAAUUUUGGAAGAAUUUAAAGAAACUCACAACGUUAACCCUCCAGAUUUUCAGCUCCAGGCAAUGGUCCAUGCCGCUGGCAAACUUGUACUGAUUGACAAACUGCUGCCAAAACUGAAGGCUGGCGGACACAGGGUGCUUAUCUUCUCCCAGAUGGUGCGUUGCUUGGACAUACUGGAAGACUACCUCAUCCAACGAAGAUACCCAUAUGAACGAAUUGAUGGGAGAGUGAGAGGCAACCUUCGUCAGGCUGCCAUUGACCGAUUUUCCAAACCUGACUCGGAUCGGUUUGUUUUCCUGCUGUGUACAAGAGCAGGAGGUUUGGGCAUUAAUUUAACGGCUGCUGAUACUUGCAUUAUCUUUGAUUCUGACUGGAAUCCCCAGAAUGACCUUCAGGCUCAAGCACGAUGUCACCGUAUAGGACAGAGCAAGUCUGUGAAAAUUUACCGCCUGAUAACACGAAAUUCCUACGAAAGGGAAAUGUUUGAUAAAGCGAGCUUGAAACUUGGUCUGGACAAAGCAGUCUUGCAGUCAAUGAGUGGGAGAGACAAUGCUACCAAUGGGGUCCAACAACUGUCCAAAAAGGAAAUAGAAGAUCUUCUUCGAAAGGGUGCUUAUGGUGCAUUGAUGGAUGAAGAAGAUGAAGGCUCCAAGUUCUGCGAAGAAGAUAUCGAUCAAAUCCUUUCGAGGCGAACGCACACUAUAACAAUAGAAUCUGAAGGAAAAGGCUCCACUUUUGCAAAGGCCAGUUUUGUUGCAUCGGGGAACAGGACAGAUAUAUCCUUAGAUGACCCAAAUUUCUGGCAGAAGUGGGCAAAGAAAGCCGAACUCGAUCUUGAUGUAUUGAAUGGAAGGAAUACACUGGUAAUUGAUACGCCACGGAUAAGGAAACAGACCAGACUGUACAGUGCAGUAAAAGAGGAUGAACUAAUGGAGUUUUCUGAUCUGGAGAGUGAUUCGGAGGACAAACCAAACAUCAAACCACGUAGGCCUCAGGACAAAUCUCAAGGCUAUGCAAGGAGUGAAUGCUUUCGUGUUGAGAAAAAUCUACUGGUUUAUGGGUGGGGUAGGUGGACGGAUAUCCUUUCUCAUGGGCGUUUCAAACGACAACUUUCAGAGCAAGAUGUGGAGACCAUAUGUCGCACUAUUCUUGUCUAUUGUCUAAACCAUUACAGGGGGGAUGAAAACAUCAAGAGUUUCAUCUGGGAUCUGAUCACACCAACAGAAGAUGGUCAGACACGUGCUCUGGUCAACCAUUCAGGGCUCUCUGCACCUGUACCCAGGGGAAGGAAAGGCAAAAAGGUGAAGAGCCAGAAUGCACAGCCAGUGCUGAAGCAUGCUGACUGGCUACCUAGCUGCAACCCAGACACCUUGUUCCAAGAGGAUAGUUACAAAAAGCACCUUAAGCAUCAUUGUAACAAGGUCCUGCUGCGUGUCCGCAUGCUGUACUAUCUGAGGCAAGAAGUGAUAGGAGACCAAGCUGACAAAAUCUUGGAGGGUGCUGACUCAAGUGAAUUAGAUGUGUGGAUUCCUGAGCCAUUCCAUGCAGAAGUACCCACAGAUUGGUGGGACAACGAAGCAGAUAAAUCUCUUUUGGUUGGAGUCUUCAAACAUGGAUAUGAGAAGUACAAUUCGAUGAGAGCAGACCCAGCAUUGUGCUUCUUAGAGAGGGUUGGUAUGCCUGAUGCAAAAGCAAUUGCUGCUGAACAACGAGGAACCGAUAUGUUAGCAGAUGGCGGAGAUGGGGGUGACUAUGACAGAGAGGAUGAAGAUCCAGAAUACAAACCAACAAGGCUCCCAUUUAAAGAUGACAUUGAUGAAUAUGUGAACUCUCCUCUUGAGGACAAAGACGAAUGCCUGGAGUUGGAUGCUCGAGGAAAACAUGGUGAAGGAAGUAUGGAAUCAGGGCAGUUAUACUGGCCGAAUACUUCAGCUCUAACCACCCGCCUACGGCGCCUCAUAACUGCCUAUCAACGUAGCUACAAGAGGCAGCAAAUGAGGCAAGAAGCACAAAUGAAGACUGACCGUAGGAGGAGACGUCCUCGGGAAGAAGUACGAGCCUUGGAAGCUGAAAGGGAAGCAAUCAUAACUGAAAAACGCCAAAAAUGGACAAGGAGGGAGGAAGCAGACUUUUAUCGCGUUGUAUCUACAUUUGGAGUAAUUGUUGACACAGCAAAACAAAAGUUUGAUUGGAAUCAAUUUCGAGCUUAUGCGAGACUGGAUAAAAAAUCUGAUGAGAGUUUGGAAAAAUACUUCAACUGCUUUAUAGCCAUGUGCAGGAGAGUAUGUCAUAUGUCCACUAAGCCUGAUGAAGAUUUUUGUGAUCUUUCUUCAAUGAUUGAGCCUAUCACUGAGGAACGUGCUUCAAGAACACUUUACCGCAUUGAACUUCUUAGGAAAAUACGGGAACAGGUUCUUAAUCACCCUCAGUUAAAUGACCGGCUUAAACUGUGUCAGCCAAGCUUGGACCUACCUGAGUGGUGGGAGAGUGGAAAACAUGACAGAGACUUGCUCAUUGGAGCUGCAAAACAUGGAGUCAGUAGAACAGAUUACCACAUCCUCAAUGAUCCAGAAUUAUCCUUCCUAGAAGCGCACAGAAACUUUGCUCAAAAUAGGGGUUCUGCUCCACCAAGCAACAUACCCAUCCUUAUGCCACCAGGUUCUAGCUACAGUGACACACCACCUAUAAUGCCAUCUACUCCAAUCCAGGAUGACAAAGCAGGAGAGCAUGAAGAAGUAAAAUCUGAACAGGUCGAAGAUCUAGACAUUAAAGAAGAAACUGAAGUUAAAGAAGAAACAAUGGAUGCAGUUGAUGACAAAGUGAAACAGGAGUGUGACGCUGAGGAUCUUGUCAAAGAAGAAGUUAAGAAUGAAAUUAAGAAUGCUGAAAUGAUCCUAGAUCUAGAUCCAAAAUCCAUUUCUGAAAAGGGCUCAGAGGAAGAUGAGGAGAAGUUGGAUGAUGAUGACAAAUCUGAAGAAUCUUCACAAGCAGAAGUUGGUAUAGCCUCUCAAGAUAAGAACUUUGAUGAAGAAAGCAAUGCUUCUUUGAGCACAGCAAGGGAUGAAACUCGGGAUGGGUUCUAUCUCGAGGAUGGUGAUCCAUCUGGACUUCACAUGCUUCGUGAGAGGACAUUUUCCUUCUCUUUUUGGCCCAAGGAUCGUGUAAUGAUCAACCGCUUAGACAACAUCUGUGAAGCUAUACUGAAAGGAAAAUGGCCAGUAAACAGACGCCAGAUGUUUGAGUUCCCGGGGCUCCUCCCUGGGUACACACCAACUGCUGUGGAGAGCCCCCUGCCGAAAAGAAGCUUUGCUGAACUCUCCAUGGUGGCCCAGGGCAGUUUUAGUGGAAGUGAAGACCUCACUGCUUCACCACAACUUUCCCAGGAUACUACACUGAGCUUGUCUGUGCCACGUCAACGCAGAAGAAGGAGAAGGAAAAUUGAGGUUGAGGCAGAACGAGCUGCAAAAAGAAGGAAUUUGAUGGAGAUGGUGGCUCAGCUGAGAGGAUCUCAAAUAGGGUCUGAAAAUGGACAAGAAAAAGUUGUGGAUUUAUCAAAUGCCUCUAGAGAGGCAACAAGUUCUACCUCAAAUUUUGCAUCGCUCUCUACUAAGUUUAUUUUGCCUAAUUCCUCCACCCCUGUUUCUGAUGCCUUUAAAACUCAAAUGGAGCGACUACAGGCAGGUCUUUCUUGCACACCAAGGCAUCUGCUCAAUGGUUCAAUAAUUGAUGGUGAGCCUCCUAUGAAAAGGAGACGAGGGAGAAGGAAAAAUGUAGAAGGACUUGACCUUUUGUUUAUGAGCAACAAAAGGACAUCGUUGUCUGCGGACGAUGCUGAUGUGACCAAAGCAUAUGAUGAAGACAUGGACACUCCACCAAACAGAAACAUUCCAUCACCGGCCCAGUUAGAACCAGAGAGCCGAAUCCCUGUUAUUAACUUGGAAGAUGGGACCAGACUAGUGGGAGAGGAUGCACCCAAAAACAAAGAUUUAGUUGAAUGGUUGAAGUUGCAUCCUACAUACACUGUUGAUAUGCCAAGUUAUGUACCAAAGAGCGCAGAUAUGUUGUUCUCCCCCUUUCAAAAGCCUAAGCAGAAGCGUCAUCGCUGUCGGAAUCCAAACAAAUUGGAUAUUAACACUUUAACGGGAGAUGAAAGAGUGCCUGUUGUGAACAAAAGGAAUGGAAAAAAGAUGGGAGGGGCCAUGGCACCUCCAAUGAGGGACCUUCCAAGGUGGUUGGAAGAAAACCCAGAGUUUGCAGUUGCUCCGGAUUGGACAGACAUAGUUAAACAAUCUGGUUUUGUUCCAGAAUCUAUGUUUGAUCGUCUUCUCACUGGACCUGUAGUGAGGGAAGAGGGAGCUAGCCGGAGAGGAAGAAGGCCAAAAAGUGAAAUUGCCAAAGCAGCUGCGGCAGCUGCUGCUGCUGCGGCUUCCACAUCUGGAAUCAACCCACUUCUGAUGAAUAGUUUAUUUGCUGGAAUGGAUCUUGCAAGCCUUCAGAAUCUUCAGAAUUUGCAAUCUCUCCAGCUUGCUGGUCUCAUGGGGUUCCCUCCUGGUCUUGCUGCCGGAGGGGAUUCUAAAAAUCCCGCUGCCAUGUUGCCUUUAAUGCUCCCAGGCAUGGCUGGAUUGCCCAACAUGUUCGGGCUUGGUGGACUUUUAAAUAACCCAUUGGCAACUAGCAGUGGAAAUUCCACUACAGCUCCCAGUCAAGGAGAAACUGAAGGUGGCACUUCAGAUGAGAAGAAGACUGAAACUGAAGAGGAUGCUAAUGACUCUGAGAAAACUACAAACACUGUUUCUGCUACUGACUCUGGAUCUGUUGGUGCUGCUACUACCACAGCUGGAUUGUCCACAAAUCCUCUGGCAUUCAGUCCUUUCCUACUGUCCACUAUGGCUCCAGGCCUGUUCUACCCAUCUAUGUUCCUACCUCCAGGGCUAGGAGGAUUGACACUGCCUGGUUUCCCAUCACUAGCUGGACUUCAGACUGCUGUGAGCUCUAGUGAAGAAAAGACUACCGACAAAUCGGAUGUUGAGCAUCAGGAAGCUAGCGAUGCCGAGGAGAGUCUGGACAAAACCGCAGAUUCAUCCGUUUUGGAAGAUGAAAUAGCACACGGAGAAGAACUGGACUCACCUGCUGAGGGGGAUGAUGUAGACAACAAUGAAAAUGAUGAAUAAUGAUCUCAGUUACAGUUAAAGUGUUCUAAACUUUUGACAAGUGGUAGUCCUACUGUUUACACUCACAGUAAAUGUCCAUACCUAGUUUUUAUAAGCUGUUCUGUAAAAUAGUGUAGCAAAAAAAAAAAAAAGUCCAAGUCAUGUCACACGUACGUGUCAAAAAGGUAUUUUGGUCAUUAAGUAUUGUGCAGUGCAUUAUUUAUUAUUCCUGGAGCGAGAUGAAGAUUCAAAGACAAAUAUUGUGUUUUGUUUUGUUUUUGGUUUUUUUUUUCAAGGAAAUUUACAUAAUGCUCUGCUAGUGUUCUUUAAUUUUAUUUUACUUAUUUUUUUUUUUGUUAUUUUACCAUUGGUAUUAUGAAAGCAGCGUGUUUUUGUUUUGUAAUCAUGGUGCAAAUAGAAGGAAAAGCUGCUUAAGGAAUUAUGAAGUUAUUUAUCUUUUUUUUUUUUUUCCUUUGCUGUGAAGGUCAAGAUGAAUUUUUACAAAUACAUAUCAUAACUACAUGUUUUGUUUUUUUGACUGUAUAUGGGGGUUUCACAAAACGCAAACACUUGCAGACAAUCUCCAUAGUAGAAGAAAAUGUCUCUGUCUUGAGACCCAGCAAUAAAAGGCAGCUUUUGAAUGUGAAGAGAACCUUUUUCAAAACACCCAUACUGCAAAGGUUGUUACAGGACAAUACUACAGUUGAAUCGUCUCAUGAUUUUAUAAUGCACUGGUAUAAGCAUAAAAUUUAAAAUCAGGUACCUUUUUUCCCCUUUUUCUCAUUUUCUUUCUUUCUCUUUCUUUUUUUGUUUUUAUUUUAAAUUAAAGGACUUUGUUACUUUAGCCACAAAGCUAAACAGCAUUACCUCAACUAAACUAGCCUUGAAGUUUACAGACAUGACUUUGUAAAUGUAUUUUUUUUCCUUUUUUUUUUUCUUUUGUGAUGUUUUUUCCUUUUUUUUUCCAGAAACUGCUAUCAUGUAAGAUAAACUGUAAAUUGCUGCCAACCGUAGUAAUGAUGCUUUUAAUAAAAGUGAUCCAUGAGAA